UAUUAAUUAUUAUUUUACGACAUCAAAGAUGGCCUCUCAGUGGGGCGAAAGUAUUUCUCUUGACUAUGGAGAUUUACAAGCAAAUACAAUGGCAGUGGAUUGUUUGGGGAAGUGGGCAGUGCUGGCCGGACGUAGAGUUUUGGCACUGGUAGACUUGGAUAGCCCCUCAGAAAAGAUGCAUCGGCUGACAAGACAAAGUAAAUGGGACAUCAGCUGUAUACAGUGGAAUCCACAUGCAUCACAUGCCCAGUUAUUUUCUGCUGCUUGCAAACAAAGGUUAGACCUGUUUUCAUGGGAAGAUGGUUCCAUUAAACAAGUGUGCAGCAUGAAAGCUCAUUCUAGGAACAUAAGUGAUAUAGACUGGUCACCAUUUGAUGUGAAUGUGAUAGCGUCAUGCUCUGUGGACGCUUACACUUUGUUGUGGGAUGUCCGAGAUACAAAACGACCAAGUGCUUCAUUUCAGAGUGUCUGUGGAGCAACACAGGUGAAGUGGAACAAGGUGACUAAUAAUCUGUUUGCAACAGCCCAUGAGGGGGACGUAAGAAUCUGGGACCCUAGGAAGGGGAAUGCCCCUGUUUUAUACCUCACUGCCCAUUUAUCAAAGAUUCAUGGUUUAGACUGGAGUCCUUCAAAUGAACAUAUAUUUGCUUCAUCUAGUCAAGACUGCUCAGUCAAGUUUUGGGACUAUUCUUGUCCAAAACAAGAUAAAGGAACGUUAAUAUCUGGAUCACCAGUAUGGCGUGCAAGAUUCACACCUUUUGGAGAUGGUCUAGUCACAGCUGUGAUGUCAACACUACGGAGAGGAGAAAACAGCCUGUUUUUGUGGAGUAACUCUAAUUUAGACCAACCUGUCCAUCAGUUCAUAGGACAUAGUGAUGUUGUCUUGGAAUUCCAGUGGAGAAAAAAAGAUGAAUCUAGCAGAGAUUAUCAGCUGGUAACAUGGUCAAAGGAUCAGAGUCUGAAGAUCUGGAAGGUGGAUACACAGUUGCAGAGGUUGUGUGGUCAUGACACUUUGGAUUCCUCAGAGAGUGAGUCUACUGUCCAUGAUUCUUCAGAAACAAUAAAAGAAAAUGGCCACGCCCACACUUCUGCAAAAGUAAAUGGUGAUAAAAAUAGCCACCAAUCAGAGAGCAUGUCUCAUCAACAGCCAAUGACAUUGUACCAGGAAUUUUCAAUGGUUAAUCAACACAUUCCGAAUGUUACAAUUGACAAGAUGGAUGGUUCCCAGCGAUUGUGUUCUGUCUCAGUGAAUUCAGGGAAGCAUAUUAUAAACUUGACUAUCCAUUUCCCAGCCAACUAUCCACAUGUUGCAGCACCAAACUUUGAAAUUGUCUCUCCAACUAAUGUGGGAUCAGGAGUUAUAAAGAAAUUAUACAAGGUAUUGAAUGAAACAUCACAGACCAAUAUCAAGAGGAACCUUAACUGUUUGGAGCCAUGUAUACGACAGUUUGCCACACAUUUUGAAAACAUGACACUUGAAGAGAGGAAGACGCCAGACUCAGAUACAUUUGCCCCAACAACCAAUAAACUCCAGCAGUCAUUUAUGCAGCAGCUUCCAUUUGCAGCAUUCCAGGAUUACUCCAUUCCCUUCCCUAGAACAUGUGGAGCUCAGUUUAAUUCUGCUGGGUUGUUAGUUUGUUUUGGACGAUCACGAGAAGCUAGUAAAGGUUCUGAAAAAACUCCAAAAGCUUUGUCUGAGUUGGCAGCGUACACAUCAACAAAUCGUGUGAGGUCAUCACAGAGUUCAAGCGGAUUUUCCACAAUGUUUUCUCGUAGUCCACCUACUCCAAAAGCGGAACCAGUGUCAAUCAGUACUUACUAUAUGUUUAAUAAGAGACAGAGGACGAAAUCUCGCAAUUAUAGCAACCUACAAGAGACAAAAUGGAAAAGUUUGGAUAGAGCAACAAAGAAAGAGAAAAAGUCGGUGAAACUGGAGCCAGUUAGAAUAUAUGACACACAUUGUCUGCUUAAUAUACACAGAGACCUGGCGGAGAAAUAUAGUUUGGAUGUGAAUAACAUUGAAGGAAUGUGUGAACAUAAUAAGAAAGAAGCUGCUGCUGUUGGUAGAAAAGAUCUUGUUAGGCUAUGGUCACUCAUUCCUAUCACAUGUAACACAGUGCUGACACCAUCCAGUAACCCGGAUGAUGGUAUACCCUGGGCACAGAGACCAUUUGGAAGAAAGAUGUAUGAAUCUCUAAUGGAAUACUAUAAGAGUAUACAUGAUGUACAAACACUAGCUAUGAUAUGCUGUAUAUUCUGGGACAAGAAAUUUGUCGUAUCACUCCCUCAAUCCAGCAAUAUAAAGAAAUCGUCAUCGAAGGCCUCGUUAGACUAUGUUCCUCCCAAUUAUAACCCGUAUCACACCGUCUCAUCAAUGUCUGGGUUACUGAGAAGCUUGACCACAUCCCAGGAUGGACCACUUACAAAGGCGUUAAGGGAACAGAAACAAGAACCACAUGAUGAUGACACAGCACCUGACUUGGAGGCUGCAAGCCUGUCACCCUCAUCAACAGUCACUUCCCCCAACAUUUCAAACUUCCUCACUCGAGCUAUGGUUAAGAUCCGUCGCUCGAACAGUUUGUCAGAUUUCUCAUUUGAGGACUACAGGUUUGCAGAGGAGAUGGACCCUAAAGAAAAAGCAGAGGAGAUUGAGAGAAAACAACAUGAAAAUAACUGCAGAAUUCUGGAUCCGAGCAAGUAUACACAGUAUGAUCAUUUCCUCAAGGUGUAUGCUGACAUUUUAUACAGGUGGGGGUUGAGGAACCAGUAUGCUCACAUUAUGAAACAUGUGACCGUUCCUCCAGAACCACAUGCUGGCAUAGAGUUUGGGGUCCAGUGUCAUUACUGUAAAGCUGAAGUGAGAGGGGUCAAGUGUGGUACCUGCAAAAUGAAGGCAUUCCGAUGUGUUAUCUGCCAUACAGGGGUUACAGGAACAUCCAACUUCUGUCUCAAUUGUGGUCAUGGGGGACAUGCAGCCCAUAUGAAAGAAUGGUUCAGACAGGAAGAGGUGUGCCCAACAGGUUGUGGAUGUCAGUGUCUCAAAUGGAAUCCAUUUUGAAAUAGAUAUGAUCAUACAACAGUAGCAUUAUCAAAAAUUAAAGUGUAGUCUAUUUUUAGAUUACCAUUGUCACAUGACUUUGUCACAUGAUCAUAAAAUGAAGGGAGGAGCAGAAUAAGGCUCUGCCUAUGCUUCGAAUGGAGUCUAUUUUGAAAUAGGUAUCUAUAUCUCAGAUUUGAUCCGAUGGAAAAGUGCUGCUCAGAAAAAAAUGUUGAUUUUUACAUGGAUCGGGAUGUUGAUUUCAGGGCCUGGAUUUUAUUCUGUAGUUACAUUGACUUUGACAUAAUGACUGUGAUAUGAUUGAUUGAAGUUUGAGGUCAAGUGUUUAAAGGAAUUAGAAUUUCAAAUGUUCAUUUAUAAAAUUCUUGCCAGACUUCCAUAUGUUUGUAUGAACAUCUGAAAAUGUAGGUAAAAUAGAAAGUGCCUAGGAUAUGGUAUUAUAAUAUAAUUCUUAAUGCAAAUGGUGAACUCUACAGUCCUGGCAGUAAAUAAGUUAUAUCAGACUUGUGGAGAAAAGAAUGUCUUUCAUUGCAUCUAUUUAUUGGUAAAAUGAUCUAAAAGUUGAAAGGAAACAAACAACUAGAAUGAUAAGUGCUGUGUUUGAGGAUUUCAGAAUGCACCAUAUAAAGAAAAGAGUGGAGAUGCACCAUGAGAAAACCAACAGAUUGCAUUUGCGACCAGCAUGGAUCCAGACCAGUCUGCACAUCCGUGCAGUCUGGUCAGGAUCCAUACUGUUCGCUUUCAAACCCUAUUGCAAUUAGAGAAACCGUUAGUGUACAGUAUGGAUCCUGACCAGACUGCACAGAUGCGCAGUCUGGUCUGGAUCCAUGCUGGUCGCAAAUGCACUGUGUUGGUUUUCUCAUGGUGCGGCUCAGUUUUACCGUAGUUUGAUGAUGGAGGAGAGAGGAUCUUGUGCAAUAUUUGUAGAAAUUGUGAUUUUACUGAGUGCUUACAAUUUGUUAAGAUUAUACUUAACAACUUUUCUAACUCCAGACUUGGCUUUUUUUGUUGUUAUCUUUUUAUGGAACUUUGUCAAAAUGUUACAGAUUUUAGUCGGAUAACAUGUAGCAUUGAUGAAAAUUGUGCAUAAAUUCUUUGCACCAUAAUAGUAACAGUAUGGUAUGGUAACCAAAAUAAAGUCAUAUGGGUAUUUAUUGAAUAUGUUAUGACUUCAGUGCACUUAGAUUUCAUGGAAUUUAUGUAAUUCCAUAAUGUUAUACUCCUUUUUUAGCCCGAUUAAGUUGCAAUGGAACAUCUUUCAGUAUUUUCAAAUUUUACGGGUAAAUUUCAUUUUGGGUGUAAUAUUGGCAUCACUAAUGGCACCACAUUAAUGGUAGUCAUGGCAUUAAAAAGUACAUUUGUAUCAACUGUUUUCAAUUUUACUCAUUCAUAUCAACAACAGAUGUAGAAUUUUUAUGCCCCCGAAGGGAGGCAUAUAGUUUUUGAACCGUCUGUCGGUCUGUUGGUCUGUCAGUCUGUCCGCAAUUUUCGUGUCCGUUCCAUAUCUUUGUCAUCGAUGGAUGGAUUUUCAAAUAACUUGGCAUGAAUGUGUACCACAGUAAGACGACAUGUCGCGCGCAAGACCCAGGUCUGUAGCUCAAAGGUCAAGGUCACACUUAGACGUUAAAGGAUAGUGCAUUGAUGGGCGUGUCUGGUCCAUAUCUUUGUCAUCGAUGGAUGGAUUUUCAAAUAACUUGGCAUGAAUGUGUACCACAGUAAGACGACGUGUCGCGCGCAAGACCCAGGUCCGUAGCUCAAAGGUCAAGGUCACACUUAGACGUUAAAGGAUAGUGCAUUGAUGGGCGUGUCCGGUCCAUAUCUUUGUCAUCGAUGCAUGGAUUUUAAAAUAACUACGCAUGAAUGUGUGACACAGUAAGACGACGUGUCGCGCGCAAGACCCAGUUCCGUAGGUCAAGGUCACACUUAGACGUUAAAGGUCAUUUAUCAUGAUAGUGCAUUGAUAGGCGUGUCUGGUCCAUAUCUUUGUCAUUCAUGCAUGGAUUUUAAAAUAACUACACAUGAAUGUGUGACACAGUAAGACGACGUGUCGCGCGCAAGACCCAGUUCCGUAGGUCAAAGGUCCUAAACUCUAAUAUCGGCCAUAACUAUAUAUUCAUUCAAAGUGCCAUCGGGGGCAUGUAGACAGCUCUUGUUUAAGUUAAUAUGCAACCAAAAAAUAUUAGCUUUGCUUUAAGAAAUAUGCACUGGUUCUUUUGUGGAUCUGUGUAUGAAAAGAAUUGGAACCACUGCCUUACCCUUGCAUGAUCGUAAGAGGCGACUAAUAGGGUAACACUUGGUUUUGCUGUAACUCUGUGAUUCCAGCAGGUAUGCAAAUUUUGAUUCCAUACCACAUGUUUUUAUUUUGAUGUAAAUGAGAUGUGAAACCAAAAUUUGUAGUCCUGUUUGGCACCAUAUAACCUAUACUGUGUUGGUACGCUGUAAAACCCAAAUAAAUAAAUAACUGGCAUUGCACCUCAGCUGUUUGGCAAUAGCUCGUCCUGAAGAACUUGUGCAUAAUUUUGAUACAAAUGUAAGAACCUACUAAUGUAUAUAGUAUGUAUGCAGAAUAGCAUCCCAUGACCAAAAAAGGUUGCGAGGUCAUAUUUUGUCCAGUUUUCAUUGAAAUAUGUCAGUAUUUGACAAAGGGUAACAGCAAAAAAAGUGUGGAGUUAGAGAAGUUUGUUAAGUCUGUUUCACUGAUAUGAUUAUGUAACUAAAAGUAAUUGUUGAAAUAUUGUUAUUUUGUACAAAAGAAAACUGUUAUAAUGUCUUUCAAAUAAAAAUUUGAUAUAUAUACAAGUA